CAGCGCUCUUGCGCAACUUCCGGUGGGGCAGCCCUCGGGAGCUGACUGGGAGUGCGCGGAGAGCCUCCGCUCCGUGGCUCCCGCGGCCCGAGGCUCCUGAGCUGGGGCCGGAUCAUGAGCUUGCUGGGUGGCCCGCCUUCCGAGCCGCGCACCCCGCUGUCCAGCAAAGCCAGGAUGAAAAAGUUCCCGCGGAAGAGCCAGAACGAAAAGUACCGGCUGAAGUACCUGAGGCUGCGCAGAGCGGCCAAGGCCACAGUGUUUGAAAAUGCUGCCAUUUGUGAUGAAAUUGCUCGCCUUGAGGAAAAAUUUCUUAAAGCAAAAGAAGAAAGAAGAUUCUUGCUGAAGAAGCUCCUCCAGCUUCAUGCUCUCACUGAAGGGGAACCACAGGCUGCAGCUCCUUCCCACAGCUCUAGCUUGCCCCUGGCUUAUGCUUCAGCCAGCUCUGUGGGAACGAUCCAGGGAGCUGGGCCCAGUACAGGGACCGAGGAACCAUUUGGGAAGAAAUCCAAAAAGGAGAAGAAAGAAAAGGGCAAAGAGAACAACAAACUGGAAGUUCUGAAGAAAACAUCCAAGAAAAAGAAAAUGGAGGGAGGUGCUCGCAAGCUGGUCCGGCCCAUUGCCCUGGAUUCCUCAGGACGGCCUGUGUUCCCCAUCGGACUAGGGGGUCUAACAGUAUAUAGCCUGGGGGAGAUUGUCACCAACCGACCUGGCUUCCAUGAUGAGAGUGCCAUCUAUCCUGUGGGCUACUGCAGUACUCGAGUGUACUCCAGCAUGAAGUGCCCAGACCAGAAGUGCCUAUACACCUGUCAGAUCAAGGAUGGUGGAGUACAGCCUCAGUUUGAAAUCGUUCCUGAAGAUGACCCCCACAACACCAUCGUCGGAUCCUCUGCAGAUGCUUGUUAUGAAGAACUGCUCAGGGCCAUCAGUGCUACAACGGGGAAGCUGCAGCCUAACCCAUUCUCAUGUGGUGCUGAUUUCUUCGGGUUUUCUCAUCCAACCAUCCACAACCUGAUACAGAGUUGUCCAGACGCUCAAAACUGUGUCAAUUACCAGUGGGUGAAAUUUGAUUCAUGCAAACCCAGGAAGGGGCAGCUGUCCCAGGAACUGCCGGAGAACGAUGCGUCUAUGAGCCUUGAAGCCUUUCAGACACAGACAUUUGAUGAUGACCAUGAUGAUUCCAUUCUGCCAGGAUCUCUGGACCUACCUGAGCUUCAGCAUGAAGCCUUUGUGUCAUCUUACCAGCCAGAGUUCUUGACACAUGAACCCUUGGUAGAUACUGACCUGCAGCACCUGAAGUCUCCAUCACAGUGUAGCCCAAUUCAGUCUUCAGAUUGAACAGGAAAGGGGUAGAGCCCACCUCCUUUUCAUCAUCAUGAGUUUUAAAUUUAAACUAAAACUUGCUCUACGGAAGAAGGCAGCAGCCGAGAAGCAGGGAAGAUACAAACACAUUUCAUUGUGGAUAUUCCUGUGCUGACAGUGUACCCUUGGGUAAACUUCAGUUGCUUUUAUUUUUAGUAAUAAAUAUCUCUUGACAGUUA